UUGGUGACGUCACUUCCGGAGUGUUGUCAGUCAGAAGUCAUCAACGUAAAGCGCAGUCGUCGUGCGGUUGUGUCCGAGCGUCUACGUAUUCGAUAAUGGGUCGGGAAUCGAAGUUUAUCGGCGGGCACACGUUUUCUGUGUAAUGCGGAGAGGAGGAAGUAUCGGGAGAAGCAGUUGUAUUGAUGCCGCGGGGAUUCGUGUCGGUGAGGUGGGCUAGCUUACUGAGCUACGGUACCUGAGGACAGAAUGAUCCGCUGGAUCCGACAACAGCUGGGCUUUGACCCGCCCCAUCAGAGUGACACACGCACAGUUUACAUAGCAAACAAGUUCCCGCACCACGGCCAUUAUAUUCCUCAGAGAUUUGCAGACAACAGGAUCAUCUCAUCCAAGUACACCGUGUGGAACUUUGUCCCUAAGAAUCUGUUUGAGCAGUUCAGAAGAAUAGCCAAUUUUUAUUUUCUAAUAAUCUUCUUAGUUCAGUUAAUGAUAGACACACCCACUUCCCCUAUAACAAGUGGACUUCCUCUGUUUUUUGUCAUCACAGUAACUGCCAUCAAACAGGGAUACGAGGAUUGGCUGCGGCACAAAGCUGACAAUGAAGUUAACGGAGCUCCGGUAUUUGUUGUGCGCAGCGGAAGUCUGGUCCAGACGCGAUCCAAGAAUAUCAGAGUGGGUGAUAUUGUGAGAGUAGCCAAAGAUGAGACGUUUCCUGCGGACCUGGUGCUCUUAUCAUCAGACCGCGCGGAGGGAACUUGCCAUAUUACCACCACCAGCCUGGAUGGAGAGACUAACCUGAAGACGCACUUUGCAGUGCCAGAAACUGCUGUGUCGCAGACGGUGUCUCGGCUGGAAUCUCUCCAGGCUGUGGUAGAGUGCCAGCAACCCGAAGCUGACUUGUACAGAUUUGUUGGAAGAAUAACUGUUACCCAACAAGAAGAGGAGAUAGUCAGACCUUUAGGACCAGAGAACCUCCUGCUUCGAGGAGCAAGAUUAAAAAACACCAAAGAAAUUUUUGGUGUAGCGGUGUAUACCGGCAUGGAGGCCAAGAUGGCACUCAACUACAAAUGCAAAUCCCAGAAGCGCUCGGCAGUAGAGAAAUCCAUGAAUACAUUUCUCAUCAUCUACUUGGGUAUUUUGUUGUUUGAAGCAAUCCUCAGCACUAUUUUGAAGUACGCGUGGCAGGCAGAGACAAAGUGGAACGAGCCUUUUUACAACCAGAAGACUGAAAAGGAGAGAAACAGCAGUCAGAUUCUGACAUUUAUAUCCGAUUUCCUGGCUUUCCUGGUGUUGUACAACUUCAUUAUCCCGAUUUCUCUGUACGUGACCGUUGAGCUGCAGAAGUUUCUGGGCUCAUUUUUCAUCGGUUGGGACUUGGAUCUUUACCACGAAGAAAGUGACCAGAAAGCUCAAGUAAACACAUCGGACCUCAACGAGGAGCUCGGCCAGGUGGAGUAUGUUUUCACAGACAAGACGGGAACUCUGACCGAAAACGAGAUGCAGUUCAGGGAAUGUUCCAUCAAUGGCAUAAAAUACCAGGAGAUCAAUGGGAAGCUUGUCCCUGAAGGAAUGACAGAAGACACUCCAGACGGACCUGUGUCUUGUCUGAACAGAGAGGAGGAGUGGUUCCUGAAAGCUGUCUCGCUGUGUCAUACGGUACAGAUCAGUUAUGAUCAAACAGAUGGACUGGGAGACCCGUUCUCUCACGCCAAUGGCUUCACACCUCAGAUGGAGUAUUACGCCUCCUCUCCUGAUGAGAAGGCACUUGUGGAAGCCACCAAGAGGAUGGGUGUCACGUUAACAAGAAGCAGUGGAGAAACCAUGGAGAUUAAAACGUUUGGGAAAACAGAGAAGUACAAACUCCUCCACGUUCUUGAGUUUGAUGCAAACCGCAGACGAAUGAGCGUGAUACUGCAGAAGCCCUCAGGUGAAAAGGUGAUGUUCACCAAAGGAGCUGAAUCAGCCAUCCUCCCCUACACCACGAGUGGAGAGAUCGAGAAAACCAGAGUCCACGUGGAUGAGUUUGCAAUGAAAGGUCUGCGGACGCUGGUGGUGGCCUGCAGAAACUUCAGCGUGGAUGAGUACCAAGAAGUGGACAGACGGCUCCAUGAAGCCAGAACCGCUCUACAACAGAGAGAGGAACGGCUAGCCGAGGUCUUCAACUUCAUCGAGAAAGACCUGGAAUUGCUGGGAGCCACCGGUGUGGAGGACAAGCUGCAGGAUAAGGUCCAGGAGACAAUAGAAGCCCUGCGAUUGGCCGGGAUCAAGGUGUGGGUUUUGACCGGCGACAAACACGAGACGGCUGUUAGCGUGAGUCUCUCCUGCGGUCACUUCCACCGCACCAUGAACAUCCUAGAGCUCGUGCAGCAGAAAUCAGACAGCGAGUGUGCCGAGCAGCUCCGCAGGCUAGCCAGGAGGAUCAAAGAAGAUCACGUGAUCCAGCACGGGCUGGUGGUGGACGGUGCCAGCCUGUCUCUGGCUCUGCGGGAACAUGAGAAACUCUUCAUGGAUGUGUGUAAGAACUGCUCGGCUGUGCUCUGCUGCAGAAUGGCACCGCUCCAGAAAGCCAAGGUGGUGAGACUUCUCAAGACUUCCCCGGAGAAGCCCAUUACGUUAGCCAUUGGAGAUGGAGCCAAUGAUGUCAGUAUGAUCCAGGAAGCUCACGUCGGGAUCGGUAUCAUGGGGAAAGAAGGAAGACAAGCUGUGAGAAACAGCGACUAUGCAAUUGCAAGGUUCAGAUUCCUAUCCAAAUUGCUGCUAGUGCACGGCCAUUUCUACUAUAUUAGAAUAACGACCCUUGUGCAAUACUUUUUCUACAAGAAUGUGUGCUUUAUCACCCCCCAGUUUUUAUACCAGUUCUUCUGUCUGUUUUCACAACAGACUCUUUAUGACAGCGUAUAUCUGACGCUGUAUAAUAUCUCCUUCACCUCUCUGCCCAUACUGGUGUACAGUCUGUUUGAGCAACUGGUGCAUCCGCAUGUCCUGCAGAGCAAGCCAGCACUUUACAGAGACAUCAGUAAAAACUCCCUCCUCUCCUUCAAAACCUUUUUGUACUGGACCCUCCUGGGCUUCUGCCACGCCUUCGUUUUCUUCUUUGGGUCUUACAUCCUGAUGGGAGAGGACACCACGCUGAUGGGGAACGGACAGAUGUUUGGAAACUGGACUUUUGGCACUUUAGUAUUCACUGUGAUGGUUAUUACGGUAACGUUGAAGCUGGCCUUAGAAACUCGUUUUUGGACGUGGAUGAAUCACUUCGUCACUUGGGGAUCCAUCGCCUUCUACUUCAUCUUCUCCUUGUUUUACGGCGGCAUCAUCUGGCCGUUCCUCCACACACAGGACAUGUAUUUUGUCUUCGUCCAGCUACUAUCCAGCGGUUCGGCCUGGUUUGCCAUUAUCAUCAUGAUCAUCACGUGUCUGUUUCCUGAUGUCAUCAAGAAAGUGCUUUUCAGGCACCUGAAUCCAACCAACACACAGAAAUCACAGAUGUACACCAACCGUGAGGCUAUAGGUGAUGACUUCAUCGCACUGCAGCCUCUGUCCAGAGCCAAGAAUCCGCUGGGCAAGAUUAGUUUAUUGAGGCCAACGAGGGCAUCGGAUGUGUGGACUCCAUGUGCUGUUUCUCAGAGGGGCAAAACUCAUGCACCCGACUGGGCCGGCUGGUGGAGCGAAUGAUGGGCCGCUGCGACCUCUCUCGAGCCACCAGAUCAUGGAGGGACUCGGAGACCUUCUCCAAUGACCGAAGCAUCUUGACGCUCUCGCCCAUGGAGGUCUCUCAUUGUUAAGGACACCCAUGCGCCAGCCCAAAAGGAACCGUUCGUGGAGUCCGGAGACACCGAGCCGUUCCCCUUCCCCGCUCUAGUACAAUCACCAGCCAGUCAUUUGCAGAAAUCACUGUCACGCGGCUCUGAUUCUCCGAGCAUCAAACGUGACCAGCGACAAGGGAUAAGCAGCGAUUUCUCGAACUAACCAAAGGAUUUGUCUCAUUCGAACGAUUCUGUUUCUGACGGUCGUAAACCGUGGAAGCUUAUGCAAAGGGCCGCCGUCUUUCCUGAGGAAAACCAGGGGUCUGUUUGAAAGCCAUAAAUCCCCUUUAAAUGCCUGAUUUUCAAGGCAUUACAUGUAUGUUCAGCAUAAGUAGCACUAGCUAGCAAACCUGUAGCCUCCUUUAGAGUGAAGAGGACCUAAGAUGCCUACCCAACCUGUCUUGGAUUGUGCAGACGAUGCAAGAAUGUGGCCGAUGGGGAAAAACUGACAUAUCAUUCUUAAACUCGCUCACUUUAAUCUUCAUAUGCCACGUGCCAUCUUAUUUUUUCUUUUUUCUCGCGCACGUUUGCUAUUUUGCAUUUCUAACCAUUGUCAUUAGUUCAUUUUUUGAUGUGUUUCCCGUUUUUCCACUUGCAUUGCUAACCACUCAUUAGAGUAGUUUGAUUUUGUUGUGUGUGUGUGUAUUUAACUGAUUUAAUGGAAUAAACUUCCUACAUGGGCAGUGGGUUACUGCUACAUGAAUGCCUAAGCAUCGAGACAACCGUUUUAAACUUGCUUUAUCAACUAUACUGACGUCUUUGAUAUUCGACUGCAUGCAACGCUUCGGUCGGUCUGCCUCUGUAACUCGCAAUGGAGACGUGGGAAAACUGGACUUUUCUAAUCCCAGUGUGCCAAGCGUUAACUAGGCUUGGGACGUUGGGAUUUGUUUCGUUUUUUUGCUGCAAGGAUCUGGAUCCUUCAAAUCAGGUGCCGUGACCCGUAUGGCAAUUGAAUGAUGGGACUGAAGUUUUGGAACCGUUUCGUUAUGUCAUACUGUGGAUUAGUUUUGUUGCUUCUGUUUUUUUGAUGUCUUUGUUGGUUGAACGAACCUAAAAUGACUCAUGAACACAGGUCAGCUCUUUCAAAUUCUCACUUCGAAGUGUUUUGCUAUGUGAUGUAUUGAAUUAUAUAGCAAUUCAGAAUGCCAUUUUUCUGAAGUCAUUAGCAAUAAGACUCGAUCUAGCCGUGCUGUCAGUCAUUCAUUUUGCAGUUUCAUGUUUUCUUCUGUUCUCCUUAUAUUGCAUAUGUUUCAAUGCUGAUGAUGUUUAUGAAAGUUCUAUUUACAGAAUAAAUAAUUUUUUUUAA